AUGGAGGACUGCCACAAACUUCUUUUUAUGUACUCCAAGGCAUAUACCAAGGGAAUCAAUGACCUGCAGAUGCCUGUUAAGUACCAAUCUCUAAAGUUCCAACAAUUCGAAGGAAAUGGAAAUCUAAAGCAACACAUUUCUCACUUUGUUGAAACAUGUGAGAAUGCAGGAUCAAGAGGAAAUCAACUAAUCAGGAAAUUCGUUCAAAGCUUGAAAAGAAAUGCUUUCGAGUUGUAUACUGAUUUGGAGCUAAAAGUCACUAGCAGCUGGAAACAGCUAGAGAAGGAGUUCUUCAAUCACUUUUAUAGCACUAAGCAUAUCGUCAACAUAAAAGGGACCAAACCCCCUCGUGCUCCUCAUGCAAAAACCCUCCAUCUUUGUCGUCUCCUCCCAUUUUCGUCUCCUCUCUCAACGCCGUCGGUCGUCGCUGCUACCCUUAACUUCUCUGUCUUUGAAUGCAGGCAACCGCUGCUACCGUUUAGGUUCGAAAGUCGCUGCUACCUUUUAGGUUCAAACGUCGCGUCUCCUCUCCCUCAACGCCGCUACUACCCUUUGUUGAGAUUAUCUCUCUUUUUUGGGUCUAGCGAUGGUGCAUUUCAGUUUGCAGAUGUGUGGUUGUGUGAGGCGCUAACUCAACAACGCCAUUAUCCAUUCCCUAAGGUGAAAAAUUCAACGAAGCAAAAAAUGCAAGAGCAGAUUUGGUUUGGAGGUGAGGAUUUGACAGAACAGAUCAAAGGAGGUUUCAUGGAGUUUGAUAAGUUGAUUGCUUCACCAGAUAAGAUGCCCAAGGUUCUCCAUUUGAUGCACGUUAGUAUGACUUAAAAAUGAAUGAGUUACUUUCAGUUGAUGGAAAGGAUUUCUUCACUUCAUACAAUGAAGUUUAUGACAAUUUUGAUUUUAUGGGCCUGCAAGAAAAUUAAACCUUCUUAGAGGGAUCUAUGCCUAUGGUUGGUAUAUAGCACUACUUAUUUUCUCCUUAACUUGUGAAUUGUUUUCUUUUUUUCUAUUUAUUAAUUAAUAAUUAAGCAAUAACUAUGGAUUUUUAAGUAGUAGUGUACUAUUUAUUGUUCUAGUUGGUUUGCGAUGUUUUGUAUUAUAAUUUCAAUGUCAUUUUAAAGAUUUUGAGAAGCCAUUUGCAAUUCAACAAAGGGGAAUUGUUCCUCUUUGCAAAGGGCUUGAUGUAAUUCAACGAGCCCAGAUUGGAACUAGAAAGACUGCAACUUUUUGCUCUGGCAUUUUUCAGCAACUUGAUUAUGGUCUUGUGUAGUGUCAAGCAUUUUACUUCCAUUUAAGUUUGUAUUCUGGUAAUGAAUAAGGUUUGUACGUAUUGGUUUAUUUUUUAAUUUGAAGCACAUAUACUAAAUUAUUGAUACAAUCUUUUCAUUCUA